UCAACUCAGUUCAGUGUCAGCAUUACUAUAUAAAUAACGUUUUUUUUUUGCCUUCUUGAGUGAUUUUGUACUAAUCUGUUCUGCUUUCCUGACUAACAGCUUACAGAAGAGGAACUAGCAGCUUUGGAGGAAGACAAAGAUUUGAGAUGACAAAGAGAUCAAAACAGCGUGUCAGAAAUGUCAUUAUUUUACUACAUUUAAUAGAUCAUUUGCACUCAGUUGAUGAGCUGAGCUGAGAGCAAAAGUUCAAAAUGUAUAAUAUGUGUCAUUUAGGUACUAGUAUUAAGGUACUACAAACAUGCACUAAAUAAGGGGUAAAUAAGGGACAAAUGUGUAUCCUUAAAAAAGGUUGAGCUCCAAUUACAGCUUUUACUGAGAGUGUAAAGAGAGAGAAGCAUAUCUGAUCAUAAAUAAGCAGAUUAUCAUAAACAACAAAGGAAAAAGGGACUAAAAUAAAAGUUUGAAGUGCUUUAUUUUCAUAAAACUCAAAUUUGUCUGUCUUUUGUUUAUAAGUCUAAAGUUUCUAUGGUUCAAAUCCAAAAUCUCCUUCACUGUGAUCUCUAGCCCUUAGACACUUGAUGAAAAAUGUUUCUUAAAUUCACAAAUGAUUGCACAGGACUGAAAAUGUGCAGAACUACAUAUUUUCAUAACUAGUUGGAGGGUUUUAUGACAGAUUAGAACAAAUAAUUAUGCAGGAAGUCCUACAAGCAAACAGUUUACAUUGGAAAAAACAUAGAUUUCUCAGUACUUCUUUUUUUUUCUUUUUUUACAAGCAGACAGGAAACGACUCCUCGGUGUGGUCAUAGAGGUUUAGUUAAUGUUCAGCUUCUUAAAGCGUUAGUACAUAGCGGUGCACUCCACACACCAGAAACUUUGACUCUAGAUGUAACACACACCAGUAGAAGCAUCGGGAUACGAAAGAUGGAAAGAAAAGGUGCAGUGGAGACAAUCACUGAUGUCAACAGAGAUGCUAGAUACCGUCAUAAUGUCAGGACAGAAUCAGAGAACACCGACACCAAGAGACACCAAACACCUCAACACACAGGAAGUGGCUGUGUGAAGGUCAGAAGCUUCAGAGCAGCUGUAGUGUGUUUGGUUCUGCUGUGUGUUCUUCUGCUGACUGCAGUCAUAGUGCUGGGCGUCAAUCUCCAUGAUAUGAUUGAGGAGUUUUACAUCAAGAACAAAAACAUCACAGAUGUAAUAGACGAGUUAGAGAAAAGAAAAUCCAACUUGGCCAGUGAUGUUACAGAAUUAUCAGUUAAGAAUACAAAUCUAUGUAAACAAAAUGAAACAUUACAUAAGGAGAUGAAAGAAUUGUGGCUGAAGAUAAGCAAAAUGGAUGGAUGGAAGUGCUAUCAAUCCAGUCUCUACUAUGUUUCCUCAGAUGUUUCCCCAGUGAUGAAAAACUGGAAUGAGAGCAGAAGAGACUGUAAAGAGAGAGGAUCAGAUCUGAUCAUCAUAAACAACAAAGAGGAACAAGACUUUGUGAAAACGAUUUCUGGUGGUUCUGAAUUCUGGAUCGGUCUGAUUGAGGUGGACAGCACAUGGAAAUGGGUUGAUGACAGCUUACCGAUCACUGAGUUAUGGGCUUCUGGAAAACCUAGUGAUAGCUCUGGUAAUAAGGAUUGUGCUGUAAAUCUGUCAUCAGGGUUUGCUGAAUAUUCAUGUGAUCAAAAACGUAAAUGGAUCUGUGAGAAGAACAUUUGAAAGAAAUAAUUACACUGUUAAUAAAGGGUUGUAAAAACAUGAUGGGUCUCAUUUCAGUUAUUCUUCAUAACUACAUGUUCUCAUGUAAUAAAACAUCUUUAUCACUGAAACUCUGAGUAAGCUUUUUUAUUAUUCUAUUGCAUUUUGUUACUGAUACAACAUCUAGCAAAGUCACACUUAAAGCUAAAAAGUUUCAAGAUUAACACCAACUCAGCGGAUAAGUUUGGGGUUGAUAAUUGGUGAUAAGUUUGUGGUUGAUGAUAAUGAUGGUGGCUAUUUAGUUUUUCCUUCAAUUCUGCCUGGUAACACUUGUGACGCAGAAACUACACACUUCACAUUUAGUUCAUCCAAAAAAAACAAAUUAUGUUAUUAAUUACUCACCCUCAUAUCGUUCCAAUCCCAUACGACGUUCAUUUGUCUUUACAUCACAAAGUGAGCCGUCUGACCCUGCAUAUACACCAAUGCAACAGUCAUGUUUAAUGCUCAGAAAGGUAGUAAGAACAUUGCUAAAAUGCGAGAUCCAUGUGAGAUCAGUACCUUAACCUUAAUUU